AUGGCCGAUGGGAAUCAAGGCUGGUGGCACUCACACUACAGAUGGGUGAUCAUGGUCAUCGUGUUGGUAAUCGCCUUUGGGUUGAUUGCCGCCUUUGGGGUCUGGUUCAGACGCCGUCGUGAUACCAAACGUGGUCUACAGCUGUACGGCAAUCCCGUGAGCGGCGCCGGGCCCCUUCAAAGCUCCGGCAUCUUGAGCACUGUAUCUGGUGUAUUACCGUCCGACCAAUCCCAGCCCCCGUCCCAGGCGCGCAGUCUACCCUCCAACUCGGUCGCCAGCUCUCGCACCAAUGUCGCUCACCCCAGGUCUGUCACACCGGGAAGUAAUAAUCGAUUGCAAAAACAAAGCCCUGCUGCCGCUGUGAAUUUCCGAAAUGUGGAGACUAGACAAGUUCCAUCGCUAUAA